GUUUGUAGUUUCUAUGGCAUGUUUACGAGGAAGUGGGGUUUCGUUUUUCAAAAUAAAAACCUGCGUAGCGCGCGAAGUAUCCACAUGCGAAGGCAGCGUUAUGGACGUUUUCGUCCAUAGCCCUGCCUUGUCCAAAGCCUGCGUGUGGACUCUUUGACUGAGACAUCGAUGAAGUGUCGGGUGUGAGCUCGCCGAGAUAAUCUGGCGUCGCACGAUGGCGAGCGGGGCCACCAGCAAAAUCUACGAAACGCGCCGGAGGACCCGGUCCGGUGAAACCCCCAGGGCGUCGCGGGUGGACCGCAGGCGGACCCGGCUCGGCUUCCUGUCGCACCUGCACGACAGCGGGAGCAGCGACGCCUCGGGUCCGACCGCCGCCGACACGGACUCGGACAGCAGCGCAACGGGGGAGCAGGGGGGCUCUGCGGCGGUCCCGGUCCCGGUUCCGGUCCCGGCCGGGGGGGAGGAGGGCGACGAGGAGGGCGUGGUGGCCAGGGCCCGCCGCAAAAGGCAGCCCAGCGCCGUGCUUGAGGACAGCAGCUCGCCGGACAGCGAGGAGGACGCCCGGCCCGUCCGGAGAGUGGUCGCGAAAAAGCGGUCCAGCUUCUACAGGGACGAGUCGGAGUCGGAGUCUUCCGGCGAGCGGCAGGAGGGCAGCUCUGCGCCCGGGCCGGGUGCGAGUGAGAGGAGGAGGGAGAGGCAGGCGGCCCUGCGGGAGCUGUCGGAGCGGAGGAGAGCCCGGAGCUCAAGCUUCAAGCACACCGCCCUGGAGGACUCCAGCGAGGAAGAGGAGCCGGCCCUUGCCGGAGAGUCGGACAGCGGCGCCGAGGAGGACGACGACAGCCUCAAAGACUUCAUCGUAGCCGACGAGGAGCAACCAGAGGAGCCCGACGACGUGAGCCCCGGAGAGACGGACAGGGAGCCCCCCGAGAAAGCAUUCCUCUCUCACCACCUCUCGCUGUUCUCUUCAGGCAGCCACUACAGCCACUUCCAGGUGGUGGUCAAAGCGCUGUUGAUUAACUCCUUGGACGAGUCUUUCCUCAAGUCUCUCUAUGGCCAGUUCCUUAUUGAAGCCUGUUUGAAAACCCGAGCAGACGGCAGCCGCAGGAAGAGGUACGCCAAAGAGAUGAUGAACUCGCUGUACUACUUCGAUCAGAGGUUCGUGCUCCCGCGCCUGGAGAACUUGAAGCAGAGGAGCCGCUGGAGGGAUCGCUACAAGGAGCGGGUGGAGUGCUACCCCACGGUGCAGAUCUUCCUGACGGGCCUGCGCGGGCGGCCGUGCGAGGCCUGCGAGAUGCACCGGCACAGCAAGUUCACGGUGCGGCUGUCGGGCCAGCUCUACGACAGCAGGACGCUGCACAGCGACAGCUUCAUGGCGAGCGACACGCAGGACUUGCACGUGGGUAGUGUCUGCGCCCAGCGCACGCGGGUCUACCAUCGCCUGCAGCACUUCAAGUACCACCUGUCCAGGAUGUGCUGCACGGCCCUGCAGGAGCAGGAGAGGCCUGCGGACGAGCCGGUGAAGGCCACGGUCAGCAGGGUCUUCCAGCAGCUGCACGAGCGAGGCUGGAUUAAAGAGAAAUUUGAUAUGUUUGAAGACUACCUGAACGACGCCGACUAUUUCCAGGAGGAGAAACUGGACUAGAGGUCACAGUGCUAUAGCAAUUUCAGUACAAAAAAACCUAUAGGAGCAAAACUUCAGGAUUCACGUGAGAUUUAUUUUAAUCAAGAUUUCAAGUGCUUUAGGUUUGUAUGUGCAGUGAAUAUCUUGUUUUUAGAUAAGUUUUAACUGCUAAAGAUGCAUCUUCAGCUCUCUUAAACUGCCGAACUUCCUCAGUGCUGCACAAUAUUCUGGACAAUUUUAUUUGCACCAUUCAAGUUGUGUGUUCAGCAUUUUAUCUUCACCACUUUUUUCCAAAUCUAACAAAAUAUAUAAAAAGCAACUUAAUUUACUGAGUGUUAGAAAGAAAUGGCAUCGUUUUGGAUUAAAUGUUUAAAGAAAUA